AUGGUGGAUCACAUGACAUCAGCUUUUUUGCACAUCGGAGACAUUGUCUCUCUCUACGCCGAGAGCACCUGCAAUGGCUUCCUCUCCACACUCGGUCUCGUCGACGAUCGAUGUGUCGUCAACCCCGACGGCGGCGACCUCCGGAACCCGCCCAGGAAAUUCCGGGACUGUUGUUUCAGAGUGUGCCCGAUGAACAGGUAUUCGGCCCAGAAGCAGUUUUGGAAAGCUGCGCAGUCAUCCACGUCUUCAAAAGAAACCGAGCCUCUGCUGGUUAUGAAGUUGAAGCAUGCGGCGGACCUCGAGCGGAAGCAAAAUGAAACUGAAAAUCGAAAAAUGGAAGGCACGAAAGUUCAAUACGGCCAAGUGAUUCAAUUACUGCAUCUGAAAUCGAACAAGUAUCUCACGGUUAACAAACGACUCCCCGCACUUCUGGAGAAAAAUGCGAUGCGAAUGAUGCUGGACUCGAACGGCAAUGAGGGCUCUUGGUUCUAUAUUAUGCCGUUCUACAAAUUGCGUUCAACUGGAGAUAAUGUCGUCGUUGGCGACAAAGUGAUUCUCAUGGCCGUCAACGCUAUGCAGCCUCUUCACGUGUCAACUUACGAGCUGCUCGAUCACCCCGGGUGUAAAGAGGUGAACGCUGUUUCUGGGUCGGAGACCGGUCAGACAUCGUGGAAAAUCUCCCUUUUCAUGGAUUAUACUGAGAACAUCGAGGACGUCCUGAAAGGUGGUGACGUCGUGAGGUUAUUUCACGCUGAACAGGAAAAAUUCCUCACGAUGGACGAGUUCAAUAAGAAACAAUACGUUUUCCUGAGAACCACGGGCCGAACAACAGCAGCCGCGGCAACAAGCUCCAAGGCUCUCUGGGAGGUGGAAGUAGUGCAAUACGAUCCCUGUAGGGGAGGCGCAGGGCACUGGUCCAGUCUCUUCAGGUUCAAACACUUAGCGACGGGGCAGUACUUAGCCGCCGAGGUCGACGACGACGAGACGCCAGACGUCAUGCGCACGAAGCUGCGAGGAGGCGAUUCGAACCACCUGUACAGACUUGUGGCCGUUACCGAUGACAUGGAUGCGAGCACGGUGUUUGAGUUGGAUCCGACCACCCUCACGCGCAACGACGGUCUGGUCCCUCAGUCGUCUUACGUACGACUCCAACACCUGUCGACCUCGUCGUGGGUUCAUUCUACCAUGAUACCAAUCGACAAAGAUGAGGAAAAGCCCGUGAUGAUGCGGGUCGGCUGCGCGUGCGUCAAAGAAGACAAAGAGGCAUUCGCAAUCGUCCCUGUGUCAGCCACGGAGGUCCGAGAUCUCGAUUUCGCUAACGAUGCUUGCAAGGUGCUCCAGAAGAUUGCAGCCUCGAUCGAGAGCGGAGAAUUCGCUCAGAACGAACGGAAAACUGCCACGCAACUACUUCAAGAGGUGUGUUCGCAGAUCAUCUACUUCACUGCGAAUCAGGAGAACGAUCCCAAAAAGGGUGACGCUCUCGAGCUGACUGUCCAUGACCCGAAUCGGGAACGGCAGAAACUGCUCAGGGAACAAAACAUUCUUAAGCAGCUGUUCAAAAUUCUGCAAGCUCCGUUUAACGAAGACAGACCUGGUGGGCCGAUCCUACGGAUGGAGGAGCUGCAGGACCCGCGGCACGCUUCUUACAAGCACAUUUGCCGUCUGUGCUACCGAGUGCUCCGAUUGUCGCAGCAGGAGUACCGAAAAAACCAGGAGUACGUAGCGAAAUGGUUCGGCUUCAUGCAGAAGCAGAUCGGCUACGACGUCUUAGCCGAAGACACCAUAACGGCUCUGCUACACUCAAAUAGAAAACUGCUCGAGAAGCACAUUGGCGCAUCCGAAAUCGAAACUUUCGUGUCACUGGUUCGGAAGAACCGUGAAUCGCGUUUUCUCGAUUACCUCUCUGACCUUUGCAUAUCAAAACGCGUGGCGAUACCCGUCACGCAGGAGUUGAUCUGCAAGAGUGUGCUUAGCGAUCAAAACUCCGACAUUCUCAUCGAGACCAGAAUGGUCCGGAGUCAAGUCGAAGUGGAGCUCGCCGUCGACUCACGCAGGAACCUCGAUCCUCUUUUGACCAUCGAGGAGGACGACGAGGUUUACCUCACUUGGGAUAAGGGCGAACGCAGUAAAGGCAUCAUACAAUUAGCGCAGGCAGCGAAACAGUACCUUGAAAAGCCUGACGGGCAUGUGGACGCCGAGGAAGAUGCCCGCAUCCUUGACUAUUAUCGGCAUCAGCUGGACCUUUUUUCGGGAAUGUGCUUGGACAGACAAUAUUUGGCUAUCAAUAGUCUCUCGACUAUACUUGACGUAGAUCUGAUACAGAAGUGUAUGGCCGAUGAGAAUCUGCCAUACGAUCUGCGAGCUGCGUUCUGCCGUCUUAUGCUUCACAUGCACGUAGAUCGCGAUCCGCAAGAGCAAAUCCAGCCCGUGAAAUAUGCACGACUCUGGAGUGAUAUCCCAAAGCAACUUUCCAUCGAAGAUUAUGACGCCAACAAGAACACGGACAUUUCGAAGAAAGAAGAAGUACAACGAAAAUUCAAAAAGACGAUCACCUUCGUCGAAGACUACUUAUGCAACGUCGUUGGACACGUGUGGUCGUUCCACGAUCGGGAACAGAACAAGCUCACGUACGAAGUGGUGAAACUGGCUCGGGAACUUAUCUAUUUCGGCUUCUACUCCUUCAGCGAUUUGCUCCGUUUGACAAAAACUCUCCUCGGGAUUCUCGACUGCGUUCCCGAUACCACAGUUCCAACCCUGACAGAUCAAACGACGAAUCUCGACUCAAUACUGAACACAAACCUGGCGAGCAAAUCCAGCACUCCAAUGGGGGCUACGCCGUCUGCGAUCGGAGCUCUCCAACCGUCAGCGAAGGAUACCCUCGUCAUGGACACAAAACUCAAGAUCAUUGAAAUUCUCUCGUUCAUCCUAGAUGUCAGACUCGACUACAGGAUAACGGGACUGCUCACAAUUUUCAAGCGCGAAUUCGACGAUUCGCAUGAUAAAAACACCACCGACGAUACCCUGACCAUCGGGGACAAGGGCAUGGAUAUGGCGAAAAUAGCCAAAGAGGCCGAAGCGAUAUUCGGGGGCACAACGGAUACCGCUGAAGUAGAUUUGGAUGGACACGGUGGACGAACUUUCCUCCGGGUGCUGCUGCAUCUCACGAUGCACGACUAUCCGCCUCUGGUGAGCGGUGCCCUGCGCCUACUGUUUCGCCAUUUCAGUCAACGGCAAGAGGUACUCCAAGCAUUCAAACAAGUACAGUUGCUCGUUUCGGAUCAAGAUGUGAAAAACUACAAUCAGAUCAAAGUCGAUCUCGAUGAUCUGCGACUACUCGUUGAGAAAAGCGAACUGUGGGUGUACAAGGCACGCUCUCAGCAACAUCAGUCUCUGUUGACUCCCAACGGUCCUCUCGCCAACGCUAUGCUGGUUCCCGCCAAGGGUCCUCUAAAAAUCCAAGAAGACGGAGAGGAGAAGAAGGAGGAGACCAACCUCUCAAGAAGACCCCGAACUCCCAAUGGAGUCCCGCCAGAUACCCCAGAAAUCCACGGAGAACUUCUCGCCGCCAAUGUGGGCUCUCCCAUCGAUCUCAAUCACGGCCCUCAGUUGGAUGAGCAUCAGCAGGAGAAUUACAAAAAGAUCCAGCAGAUUCUAUUGAGGUUGACGAAUCUCUGUUAUCAAGAUAAGAGCUCACCGGUCAACAAGAAGAAGCACGAACAGAGAUUACUCCGAAACAUGGACGCGCAAGCAGCGGUUCUGGAUCUGCUCGCUAUCCCCUUCGAGAAGAAGGACGAUCUCCGCAUGAUGGAAUUGAUGAGAUUGGCUCAUAACUUCUUACAACAUUUUUGCCGGGGAAAUCACUAUAACCAGGCACUUCUGCAUAAAAAACUGGAGCUUUUCCUCAAUCCGGGCCUCCUGGAAGCUCAGUCGAUGUGUGCAAUUUUCAAUGAUAAUCUCUCCUUAUGCAACGAAGUCACAGAGAGUGUCGUGCAGCAUUUCGUGCAUCUGAUAGAAACACACGGGAAACAUGUGCAAUAUCUCAAAUUUCUGCAAACGAUCGUCAAAGCGGAGGGUGCUUACAAUAGGAAGUGUCAAGACAUGGUCAUGCAGGAGUUGGUUAACGCGGGCGAUGAAGUGCUUAUAUUCUACAACGAAAAGAAUAGUUUCCCCGAGCUCAUCAAGAUGAUGAAUGAUCCCAAGCUGCGCAACGACGACGCUGGCUCCCUGCGGUAUCAUAUUCAAUUGGUGAAACUGCUUGCUGCCUGCACCGAAGGGAAAAACGUAGUCACAGAGAUAAAAUGUCAUUCGCUCCUGAAUUUGGACGACAUUGUCCGGGUAGUGACACACGAGGGCUGUCUUCCCGAAGUCAAGGAGGCUUACAUCAACUUCUUAUCGCACUGUUUCAUUGAUACUGAGGUCGAAAUGAAAGAAAUAUACACGAGUCACCACAUCUGGACGCUUUUCGAAAGUUUCCUGAAAGACAUUGCCAAAGUGUCGGCGAAGGGAUAUAGAAACGACGAUCAACUGCUUGAAAACUACGUCACCAGCUCGGUCAUGAACAUAGUGACAACCUUCUUCAACUCUCCCUUCUCCGAACAAUCGGCGGGAGUGCGGACGCAUCAAACUAUUUUCAUCCAAUUGAUGCGCGCAUCGCAUGAGUUGACGCAGGCGCACUGGGUCAGCAUCCCCCAAAAGAUGAACAUCGAAACCUGCAUCAAGACGUUAUGGGACAUCGCAAAAAAGCGAGGAAUCGCUGUCCCCGUGGAUCUGGAGGCCCAGGUGGCCUCCCUCUUCGACAAAACCGCGGCAGCCUCGAAGCAGGCAAGAGUCUGGGUUGCGCGAGCACGGAAAGACAACGCGUCAGGACCGCCUAGUCCCCAAAUCGUGGCGCCGCAAGCCUUCGGAAAAAGUUUCGAAAGUCCCAAAUCAAUAGAUGAGCCCGAUUAUUUCACAAGACGCACCAGUCCGCCCGGGAGUAUGUCGAAGACGACUCCGAGCGACAGGACUAUAAUCGAAGUUCUUCAAGAAAUCGUGUGCCUGCUAGAAGACCAGUUGCGUCCUCUGGUCCAGAGCGAGUUAUCGGUGCUCGUUGAUGUCCUCCAUCAUCCCGAACUUCUCUUCCCGGCAAACACCGACGCCAGAAGGAGGUGCGGUUCGGGCGGCUUCAUCUCGAGGUUGAUUCGUCACACGGAGCGACUCCUGGAGGAAAAAGAGGAACAGCUCUGCGUGCGAGUCCUCCAAACUCUCAAAGAAAUGAUGUCAUCCCUGGACUCGGACUACGGCGAUAAGAUUGAUCAGAAGCUUCUAACGCAAAAAGAACUGCUUGACAUCAAGAGGGGUGAGCAACUGCGGGAAGCUCUUCUCAUGCGUUACUUCGGGAAACGACCCGUAAGCGGGACUCGUGGUGAAGGAAGCAACGCCAUGGGAGCAUCGUCGGCUUCCGGUGGUCUCAACUCUAAUCGACCUCUCAGGUAUGCCUCCUCCCCGUCUACACUCCUUUUCGCCCCUCCGGCCGUCACCGCAUUUUUCGCAACACCGCGUUUCAUCGACAGCCGCACCGAGGUGCAAUGCCAUCUCGACCGAGAGGGCGCUUCUAAUCUUGUGGUGGAGCUCAUCAUGAAGAACCCGUCGCACAAAAUUUUCGUUGAGACUGUGGAACUGGGGAUCGCACUGCUCGAAGGUGGAAACAGUGUCAUCCAGCAGUCGGUGCUCAACAAGCUCAUCUCAGGCAACUCUCCAGAGAAGUUUUUCAAGGUGUUCAAUGAGAAAUUCGCCAAAGCUCAGCAGGAAAUCAAAAACACUGUGAUGGUCUCAACUGUUGACGUUCACAAGACCAGCAGUGGAUCGGCCGGAAGCAAGGAUACGAAAGGUAGGAAGAAGAAAAACCAUGCGGCGAUGUCGAAUGGUAAAAUCGUCGUCAACGAAGAGUUGAAACAGGAAUUGGAGGAGGCCGCACAGGAUGCUUCAAAGGGUUACGCGCAGAUAAAGCAAUCUGGCGCCGUCGUUGGCGUCGGGACCGCCGUCGACACGGACCCGAAUCCUAGCAUGCAACUUUCUCUGGUGGAAGAGCACACGGAGCCUAAAGCCGGUCAGAAGGAAGAUGAACCGAAACUACAUCAGAACAUCUCUGUCAUGCAACCAGUUCUUCGCUUCUUGCAACUGCUCUGUGAAAAUCACAAUCAAGCUCUCCAGAACUUCCUUCGCUCACAAAGCAACAAACACAACUACAAUCUGGUGUCUGAGACGCUCAUGUUCUUGGAUUGUAUCUGCGGAUCAACAACCGGAGGGCUCGGUUUGUUGGGUCUGUACAUCAACGAGAGCAACGUUGCUCUCGUGAACCAGACUUUGGAGACCCUUACCGAGUACUGCCAAGGACCUUGCCACGAAAACCAGAACUGCAUCGCGAUGCACGAAUCCAACGGCAUCGACAUCAUCAUCGCGUUGAUUCUCAACGAUAUCAACCCGCUCGGGAAGAAACGGAUGGAUCUCGUUCUCGAACUCAAGAACAACGCAUCGAAGCUCCUCCUGGCCAUCAUGGAGAGCCGAGGAGCGGACCUGGAGAACGCCGAGAGGAUUCUCUACAACAUGAGUCCGAAGCAGCUGGUCGACGUCGCCUGCAACGCCUACCACCAGGACGAAGAGGAUGACCUCGACGACGACCUCGACGGGAAUCUUGAUGCCGACUCGGCAACGGACGAUACCGGAGUCUCGCCAAAAGAAGUCGGUCAUAACAUCUACAUUCUCUGUCAUCAGCUCGCUCAGCACAACAAAGAAUUGGCGGCUUUGCUCAAACCUAAUGAGCAAGAUCAGGAUCCCAAAGUCUGUCUGGCGCUCAAGUAUUAUGCGAGUCACACAGCCCAGAUCGAAAUCGUCCGACAGGACCGGACGAUGGAACAGAUAGUAUUCCCCGUGCCGCAGUUGUGCGAGUUCCUCACGCGAGAAACGAAAACCUCUGUCUACCAUACGACAGAACGCGACGAACAAGGCAGCAAGGUUUCGGACUUUUUCGACAAGUCCGACGAUCUGUUCAACGAGAUGAAGUGGCAGAAAAAACUCCGCAGCCAGUCCAUGCUGUACUGGGUGUCUCGACACAUGACCGUCUGGAGCACGGUCUCGUUCAACUUGGCGGUGCUAAUCAACGUGCUCGUCGCGAUUUUUUACCCAUUUUCAAAGGCGGCUGAAUUGACGCCGCACUUGGCGGGACCCAGCUGGUUCUUUUUACUGGCGUCGAUGGGUCUCGUGUUGUUGGUUCCGCGGACAGCGUCGGUGCGAACGUUCGCGGUCGCACUCGUCGUGCGAUUGAUGUAUUCGAUGGGUCUCUACCCGACGUUGAUGUUAUUGGGCGCGUCGAACGUCCUUUUCAGCGGAGUUCACCUAGUCUCGAUCAUGGGUAAUCACGGAACGUUUACCAAGAGCGCCGGUCAGAUCUUGACCGACCUCGAACUUCUCUACCACGUCGGAUACCUGAUGGUGUGCGUUUGUGGACUCUGCGUCCACCCUCUGAUCUACAGCGUUCUCCUUCUGGACGUAGUCUAUCAAGAAGAGACGCUUUUGAAUGUGAUAAAAUCAGCGACGAGAAACGGCAGGUCGAUCCUGCUCACAGCGGUUCUUGCACUCAUCCUCGUCUAUCUCUUCUCCAUUGUCGCAUUCCUGUGGUUCCGCGACGAUUUCCUCAUCGAAGUCGAUAAUCCUCAGGACGACAGGAUGAUGGGCUCACCGAUCACCACCUCUGCACCGCCAUCUCUGAACACGAACUCAGCCAUCACCGACUACCUCAAGAACCUCCACGCCGACGCCAGCUUCUGCGUGCGGAAACAAGCCGGAGAGCCUCCGGACUGCGAUAGCGAUAUCACGGAUUCGAUAAUGGACGCUGUUCGACGAGCUCGCCUGGGCGAGAACUCCGAGCAGUCGUCCGGUGACGGGCAGAGCGCGCCGGCCGAACAGGUAGAGGAGACGGUGAAGGAGCGUGCGUGCGACUCUCUUUUCAUGUGCAUUGUGACAACUUUGAACCAUGGACUACGCAACGGUGGAGGUAUCGGUGACGUUCUCCGGCCGCCAAGCAGCCAGGAACCGCUGUAUUUUUUCCGUGUGGUUUACGAUCUGAUGUUCUACUUCAUCGUGAUUGUCAUCGUUCUCAAUCUGAUAUUUGGUGUGAUCAUUGACACGUUCGCUGAUCUUCGUUCCGAAAAACAGCAGAAAGAGGAAACGCUCAAGAACACGUGCUUCAUCUGCGGUCUUGAAAGAGCCGCGUUCGACAACAAAAGCGUUAGCUUUGAAGAGCACAUACGCAACGAACACAAUCUUUGGCAGUACCUCUAUUACAUCGUCCUCAUCAAGGUCAAAGAUCCCACGGAGUUUACGGGCCCGGAGAGUUACGUGGCCUUAAUGAUCAAGGAACGGAACUUGGAUUGGUUUCCUCGAAUGAGAGCCAUGUCGUUGGCGGCCGACGACGCCGAGACCGAACAAAACGAGAUGCGGGCAAUGCAAAUUCAACUGGAUCAGACUCAGAAACUACUCCUCACAGUCACACAGCAGCUGAGCGACGUCAAAGAACAGUUAUCGGAGAGCCGGAAGCAGCGGCAGAGACUCGGUCUGUUCAGCAGUCCGAUCCGUGGACCCACCCACAACCCGAACGCGAGCGCUUUCCUUCAAUCUUCGAAUAUGUCGGGAGAAGGCAACUGA